AUGAAAAACUUACUAUUUCUCUUUGCACCUCAGAUGGAGAGUUACAAUUCUAAUGGAGCUAUGAAUGGUGAUGGAAGCUCCAAUGCUCCGAUUUCUGAUAAUCGAGAGGGGGUGACAAAUGUGAUCAAUCCAAAUGUUCCAGAAAAUGAAGGUGGUGAAGUGCGAGAUAGUGAAGUUGAUAGGAGGAAUUUUAUUUAUCAAGAAGUUGUUGAACGGGCCAUAUCGGAAUUAGAAGAGCAUGCUCGUGCUGGAUUUAGAGCAAUACCUCCUCUGUUAAACAUUAAUUUGCAUGUAUAUGAGGCGGCCAAUUCAACUUGUUCUGAGCCGAAGGAGAAAUGUUCCGUCUGUUUGGAGGAGUUUUGUGACAAAGAAGAACUUGCUCGGAUCGACUGUGGACAUAUGUACCACAUGGACUGUCUAAAAAAAUGGAACUUGGUUGUGAACACUUGCCCCAUCUGCAGAAGGAGAGUGGCGGUUAUUUGCCAUUUUACAUUGAAAAUACGUGCAUACCUUGAUCGCUUGGCUGCAGCUAAUCAGCUUAGUUCGGGCUCAGUGAACUGA